ACAGUUCUUAAAACCUGACAUUUGAGUCAUUUGUUUCUUAGCCAGUUACACUGAGUUUGCAUAACAGGAUCAAUGGAAAGAUCAAAGAAGAAAGUGCAGCUCUGGAAGAACGCCGCAGUCCAUUUUCUGCUAUGUUUUGUGAUGGGUUUUUUCACAGGCUUUGCUCCACCAACUCGGAGGGCGUCUCUGUUUUCAGGCAGUCAUUCCCUGCCGAAAACCGAAGCAAAUCGCUCUGAAAACCCCAUUGAAAUCUCACAUGGAACACAAGGUGUCAACUUCAACAAGACUUGGUUGGAUAGAAGAAGCUUUUCUGCAGCAAAACCCAAACCCACAAUGAAGCUGCAGGAGGAGACUCCUCCCCGGAGGCUUGUGAUAAUAGUGACUCCAACAGCCACUGAAGACAAGAUCCGGCAAGCAGUACUGUUAAGGAGGCUUGCAAACACCCUGAGACUGGUGGCUCAGCCCCUCAUGUGGGUGGUCGUGGAGCGGCAUUCAGAGGACUCAGAGGUUUCUGAGUUAUUAUGGGAGACAGGAAUCAUGUGCAGGCAUCUAGUGGUGAAGGAGAACAACUUCACCGACAUGCGCGAAGAGCUUGAUCAUCAGAGGAAUGUGGCUCUGACUCACAUUGAGCACCACAGGCUAAGUGGGACCGUUCACUUCGCAGGACUUUUCGGCGUUUAUGAUCUCGACUUCUUUCAUCACCUCAGAUUAAUAGAGGGUUUUGGGGCAUGGCCAAUUGCAUUAUUGGGAGCAAACAAGAAAGAAGUGAAGAUAGAGGGGCCAGUGUGUGAUUGUUCAAGAGUAAUAGGAUGGCAUUUGAAGAACAACCAAACAUAUGUUGAUGAUGAUGAAUCAAAGCCUCCUCCUCCUCCUCCUCCAAUUAGGGUUUCCAACUUUGCCUUUAACAGUUCAAUUCUUUGGGAUCCUGAGAGAUGGGGCCGUGCGUCUUCAUUUCAAAACUCAUUGAAUUUCAUAAAGAAAGAGGUGAUUGAAGAUGGAGGGGCCAAUUUGAUGGGGAUUCCACAAGAAGACUGCUCGAGAGUCCUUUUGUGGAAUCUCCGAUUUUCAAAAUGAUCAUAUAAUGUUUCUUGUGUUUUGAUCACUUGGCCAAAUGAACAUAACCUUCUCUUCACACUGCUGGCAAUGAAGUUUCGCUCUCUAUGCCGUACAAUCGGUUGUACGGUCUUUUCCUUGCAUUCAUGACGAGUUCUCAUUUACGAGUGACUCAUUUUUUUUAGAAUUCAAUUAUGCUCGAAAAUGAGUAUUUAAUUACUCAAAAAUGAGGAUUCUGUUGUUCGAAAUUGAGUAUUCAGUUAUUCGAAUAUACAUAUUUAGGUGGAUGUACGAAAAACGCUACAUUUGGAUGUAUGGUGUAGGUACGCAUGAAGUUUAGGUAAGUGUUUU